GCCUGUCGCAGCCGGGGAGCGGGGCGGCGUGGCCCUUCCGGGAGGUCUGGCAGGUGACCCUGCGCCCCAAGGGGCUGGGGCAGGCCAGGAACCUGGCGGGCGUGCACCGGCUGUGCCUGGCGGAGAGCACGGUGGAGCUGGUGCAGCUCGGCGCCCCGGCCCCCUGCCUGCUGCUGCAGCUGCCGAGUGUCCGGCGCUGCGGCCAUUCGGAGAACUACUUCUUCCUGGAGGUGGGGCGCUCGGCCGCCACGGGCCCCGGCGAGCUGUGGAUGCAGGUGGAGGACCUGGUGGUGGCCCGGCACAUCCACGAAACCAUCCUGGAGGCCAUGAAGCGGCUGAGUGAGGAGUGCUGGGUGCGAGGCCGCGGCCAGGCCUCCGCCCCCAUCUCGGUGCCAGCCCGGCGCCUGCCCCCUGCCCAGCUGCCGGGCUCCGGGCGCCGCCUGCCCGACGGGGACUACGCCCUGGCGUCGUCGGACGAGGGUGGAUCCUCCAGCCCCGGAGAGGGGCGCCCGACUGGCAGCCCAGAGCCGGCAGGCUCCCCGGAGGGGCGGGCGCCCAGCUGCAAGCGGCCGUCGCUGCCCCCCUUGGCGCUGGGCAGAGGCGCCGGGCGGAGGAAGCCAGGGUGGUGCCCAGAGUCCGGCUACAUGGCCAUGCUGCCUGGGGCAGCCCUGCCAGGCGCGGGGCAGCCGGAUUACGUGCCCAUGAGCCCCAGCGGCGCCUCUCCGCCCCGGGGCGAAGCCGCCAGCUACAUGCUCAUGUCCCCCAGCGGGAGCUGGGCGCCCGAGUACGUGAACAUGUCCCCGCUGUGGCGCUCGGCCAGCAGCACCCCCCUGCGCCGCAGCCCCCCGCCCGGCGCCCCCGGGGAGGCCCCCUGCCCCUUCCGCUCCCUGCCACGCACCUACAAGCACGGGGCCCAGCUGGCCGUGCCCGGGCGCCUCUCCUCCUGCUCCUCCUCCACCAGCAGUGAGAGCUUGGAGGAGCCAGUGUCCCUGAGCCCCGGGGAGUACGUCAGCAUCGAAUACCGGCCCGGCCUGGGCCAGCCGGCGAGGGCAGAGCCCGGCAGGCGGCGCUGCAGGGAGCGGGCCAUCCCCGCCUGGGAGGAGCCGGGACUCAACUACAUUGCCCUGGACCUGGCCCGGGGAGGAGGCGGCCCGGAUGGGAGCCCCCGGGCGGCCGGCGGCCCCAGCCCCCAGGCCUACGCCAGCAUCGACUUCCACCGCUCCCAGGAGCUGCAGGGACGACGGGGCGGAAGGGACGGGCCAGCUGUUUUGUUCCUUUCUUCCUGCCUGGCGAGGGGUCCCUGGCUAACCAGCUGCCCCAGAGGUGGGCGCAUCUCAGCACUGGAGUGCUGACCCCUUUGCAGUCCGUGCAGCCUGGUGACUUCGGGGCUCCCCUGGCUCGGGACCAACGCUCCACCCCAGAGCUGGUCGCAUUGGAACGCCUGCCGCCUGAUACCUCCGCAGACGACGCACGUCGAUUUCCUCCCGAUGGACCGUGAACCCCUUUAAGUGCCUUUGUUUUUGUGGUGCACCUCUCGGGGGUGUGUGUGUGUGGAGAACAAACCAAAGACAGACUCACGUUUUCGGGGGGGGGGCUGGUGCCUUGCGCUCCGGAUGUCUUUUGGAUCUGCUGGGGGGACACCGCUUAACCUGACCAUGGGCUUGAGGUUUCAAGGUCACUCCCAGUUUUGGGGAUCCCUCUGCACCGAAGCCAAUUCUUUACUCCUCUUUUUUUGGGGGGGCAUCUCCCCAGCUUCCCACCCCUUGGGAUGGAGACUUUUCAGGGGGUUGAUUCCUUAUUUGCAGGGUUCACCCCCCUCUGCGUUGGGGUCACCCCUUUGACCCCAUUAACCCUCUGGUGCCUUCAUGCCCCCCGCCUGCCUGUUUUUGGGGUACGCCCCAAAGGCUCCCCCCAUCUGCACACUGUCUUUUGUUCUCCCUGCCCCAGCAUUGGGGGGAAUAUUUUGCCCUCUCGCAUAUCCAAAAUGCACCCUGCAGAUGGGGCGUUGUGGGUGGGCCCCCGCUGCCCCCCCCCACCGGUCUUAGGUUUGCCACCUUUCGCGAGGAGAAUUUGGGGUUCACGCUGUGCUUCUGAAUUGCACAUGGUUAGGUUUUUUUGCACAAGCUUUAAAACGUUUAGUUUGAAACCACAUAAUUUAUAGCUGCGGCUCUGGGGCCUUAAAUCCACCUGCCCUUCAUCGGGAUCCCACCGAGCUGCUUCCUCGCUCCCGGCUUUGGCCAGCUGAGCUCGCCGGGAAUGGAGUUUUUAAAUCCCCUCUCGGAAGGUUUCAGGGCCGGGCCGGGCGUUCGCUUUGCGGGAUUUAGCGCUUGUUUGCAGAAUCGGGGUUCGAUUUUGCGGGUCCCUUGUUUGCAAGAUUGGAGCUGCAGGAAUUGGAUGGUUUUUUGGUUAGAAUAAAGCCUUUCUAUUGCA